ACUGGUAGAGGCGGCAAAAAUGUAAGCGUCGCAUUAGCCACUAUCAAAAUUUGCACAAUCGAAGCAGGCGUUUAGACACAUAAAGUACGGCAGCCGUUUUGGUUUUGUUUCGUAUUCUGUUUAUUAGUUUUGUAUAUUUUCACAUUCCGUCACUGCCGUACAUUAUCUAUCCGGUCUAGAAGAUGUCCAGCGACGAGAGCAGCUCGGUGACAGUGGCCUUGCGCGUGCGUCCCCUCGUGAAAUCGGAGGUGGAGCGUGGCUGCCGUAUUGCACUAGAGCGUUCGCCGAACGGCGCCCCUCAGGUGUCGAUCAAUCGCGGCGAGUGCUACACAUACAACCAUGUCUUCGACAUAAAUGACACACAGAAGGAUCUGUUCGAGACGUGUGUACAGGGCAAGCUGAAGAAGCUGCUCGAUGGCUACAAUGUGACUAUCCUGGCGUAUGGCCAGACUGGCUCUGGCAAAACCUACACCAUGGGCACGGCCUUCAAUGGUGUCCUCGACGAGGAUGUGGGCGUCAUUCCGCGUGCCGUCCACGACAUAUUUGUUCACAUUGCCGAGCUACAGGAGGAGUACAAGUUCGAGGUGACCUGCUCCUUUGUGGAGCUCUACCAGGAGCAGUUCUACGAUCUCUUCUCGCCGAACAAGCGCGACAAGGCCACCGUGGACAUACGCGAGAUACAGAAUCGCAUUGUGAUGCCCGGCCUCACCGAGCUGGAGGUGAAUUCCGCCCGUGAGGUUACCGAUCAUCUAAUGCGCGGCUCUGCCGGUCGGGCCGUCGCAGCCACUGCAAUGAACGAGACAUCGUCCCGUUCUCAUGCAAUUUUCACACUCACCGUGGUGUCCAGCAAGCUGGAGGGAAGAAAGGUGGUGACUACUUCCAAGUUCAAUCUGGUGGAUCUGGCUGGCUCUGAGCGCUGCUCCAAGACACUGGCCAUAGGCGAUCGCUUCAAGGAGGGCGUGAACAUCAACAAAGGCCUGCUGGCCCUCGGCAACGUGAUCAACACAUUGGGCUCCGGACAAACUGCCGGUUACAUACCGUAUCGGCAGUCCAAGCUGACGCGCCUGCUGCAGGACUCGCUGGGUGGCAAUUCGAUCACAUUGAUGAUUGCCUGCGUCAGUCCCGCGGACUACAAUGUGUCCGAGACGCUGAGCACCCUGCGCUACGCGGAUCGGGCGCUGCAAAUCAAGAACAAGCCGAUGGUCAACAUGGAUCCCCAUGCGGCCGAGAUCAACAUGCUCAAGGACAUCAUACAGAAGCUGCGCGUGGAGCUGCUGGCCGUCGGCAAGAUGAGCAACUCGAUUAACUGUGCCGUGGGCGCGGCCGGACUCGAUCCACUGCCAAACGGCGCUGACGGCACGUUGGUGUCAGCCUCCGCCGCAGCUGCCGCUGACCAACGGCCGCUGCAGGAUUUGGUCAAGACGCUGCAGGAAAAGACCCGCAAGCUGCAGAAGGAGCUGCACCAGGCAUUGAUCGACCUCACCGAGAAGGAGAUGCGCGCCCACAUAGCCGAGGCAGCCCACGAUAAGCUCAAAACUUACAUUGUCCAGCUGAAGAGCAAGCUGCAAGAGCAGCAGCAGCAGCAAGCAGAGGGCGCCGACACAAGGGAACAGCCAUCGGACCAGAUGCGAGAGAUUAGCCAGCUGGUGGAUCAGUUCGACGAGGAGCUGCAGCGCACCGAAGAUGAGCUGCAGGUGCAUGGCCACGAAUCGAGAUCGAGUCAGAGAAUCAAUGCGGAUGGUGAGGGCGAAGGCGAGGGCAUGGGGGAUGAGGUGCACGAGAUGCUCAAUUCCCAGUCGGAGGAUUACACGAACAAGCAGCUGGGUCUGGUCGGCGAGCUGCGCACGAUCAACCGCCACCUGGAUCUCAAGCAGGAGCUGCACGAGCGCAUUUGCCGAAACUUCAGCAAGCUGGAGAAAGAGGACGAUGAGAAGGUGAAGCAGUGCAACCAGAAGAUCGACGAGCUGGAGAGCGAGCGGCGCGAUCUGCUCGACCAGCUGCGCAACAUCAAGAGCAAGGAUCCCUCCGCCAAGCUGGCCGAAGAGCGGCGCAAGCGGCUGCAGCUGCUGGAGCAGGAAAUCGCCGAUCUGCGGCGUAAGUUUAUCACACAGGCAAACAUGCUGAAAAUGCGCGAAAAGGAGCGCGAGAAGAUCAACAACUUGAGCGCCGAAAUACGUACGAUGAAGGAGUCAAAGGUGAAGUUGAUUCGCACGAUGCGCGGCGAGGCUGAGAAGUUCCGCACGUGGCGAUCAGUGCGUGAGAAAGAGCUGACCCAGUUGAAGAGCAAGGACCGCAAAAUGCAAAGCGAAAUGGUGCGCCAGCAGACGCUGCACGCCAAGCAGCGGCAGGUGCUGAAGCGCAAGUGUGAAGAGGCUCUGGCCGCCAAUAAGCGCCUGAAGGACGCACUCGAUCGCCAGGCUUCGGCACAGCGUCAGCGCCAUGCCAAGGAUCAGACAGCUGCCAAGACAGACUCCUGGGUGGAUCGCGAACUGGAGAUUAUUCUCUCACUCAUCGAUGCCGAGCACAGUCUCGAGCAGCUCAUGGAGGACCGGGCCACCAUCAAUAAUCACUAUAAUAUGGUAAAGUCUAGCGGGGAUCAGAAGGAGCUGGCCAACAUCGAGGAGGAGCUAGAGAUGCGCAACGCCCAGAUAGCCGAUCUCCAACAGAAGGUCUGCCUCAGCGAUUUGGACAGUCGGAGCAAGGCGCUCGCCGAGAGCGUCCAGAGCAUCAGCGAAUCGCGUGCCGUCAGCAAGCAGCUGCUCAAGAGCCUUGUCCAACAGCGUCGCCAGCAGGCGCACAGCCUCAACGAGCAGCGCACCGCCAUGGAUGAGCAGCGCUCCCAUCUGCAGGAGGCCCAGCAACAGCUCGACGACCUGGCCAAGCGACUGCGCCAGGUCGAAAGCCAGCACGAGGAGCAAAUGCUCGCCCAGCAGCGUGCCUACGAGGAGAAGGUGGCCGUUCUGCUGCGCACGGCGGCCACUCAUCAGCCCGCCAACGAGGAGCACCAAGAAGUUAUCGAGGAGCUCCUCAGCAGCCGCGAAGCUCUUCAGCAGCAGCUAGAUCGCCUGAAGUCAAGAAACAAAAAGGCGGAGGCAAAGGCAAAGGCUCCACCCUUGGAGAAUCUCGAUUCGAGCGUUCAAUUCCUCUCGGACACGGUUGAACUUGUGAGCGAUGCCAGCGAUGAUCCCGACUGGGUGCCCGUGUUCAGCAAAGCCCGUUCCAAGCAGAGAUCAUCGCAGUUGGCCAACGACAGAACCGAAAAUGGCCAUGCACAGGCCCAGGAGACGUCGAGCAGCGAACAGCAGCAGCAGCAGCAGGUGCUCGGCACAAGCAGCGAAGUCAAUGGAUCGAUCACUUUGCACAACUCCACCACGGUGACGGAGGUGGUGGAGGGCGGUCGCCAGACGCAGUCGAAGAGAUGCAAGUGCCGCACAAAGUGCAACACAAAACGCUGCUCCUGCUUCACCAGCAGCAACGGCUGUGCCGAUCACUGCGGCUGCAAGGGCUCAUGCUUGAAUCCAAUGAACUGCAACGCAAAGCCACCGCCGCCGCCACCACCUUCGCACCAGGCUGAUGAUAUCCUCGUGGUCAAGGAGGAAAGAGAGCAGCAAGAUGAUGAUGAGAUGACGGGCGAUAGCACCACAUUUUCCUCGCCAGAGCCAGCCAAGGUGCUAUCGCCUACAAAGCGAUCGAUCGAUCAGAAUGCCUUUCCACCAGCAAUUGGCAGAGUCCUUUCUGAAGAUGAACUCACCCCAAAGCUAGCCAGAAUGUCUGGACUGGCAUUCGCCACCGCACGACGUAAAUUCUUUUAGGUGGUGAAGGGAGUAGCUGCCUUUGGGUCAGACCGCGAUCUACGUUUCUGAUUUUACAUUCUCUAGAGCAUAGACUUAUUUUUGUUUAUAGUAAGAUAAUUUUACAAGUAAAAUGUUAUGUUAUCCGAGCCACCGAUAGCGCCCAUCACCUUGGCUGUUGUUAAAGCGAGCGCGCGAGCGAGAGAGAGAGAGAGAGAAAGCUAUAGCCAUGGUUUUUACCAUCAAUUUCAUAAUUCAUAAUAAUAAUAGUAAUAACUCGCACAUGUAAA